CGAGCGAGACAUUCUUGGACUAAAUGGCUCUCCGUACUGCUGUGAUGUCACCACCCUCCAGUAUUUGUAUGUUUUUUUGGCGGGGUGGGCAAAUCUGCUCGGAAGUUUUGUUCAUUUUGUAAACACAACUGACAAAAAAUGGAGCGUGUAAGGCUGAGUCGAGUCAAAGGGAGCAGACCAUCGGAGCAGUCGCUGCGAGUGCAAGACAGCAACAGGAUGAGCUUGAUGUACACGACGCCUCAGAGUAAACAGCCUUCAUUUGGAAAGCUCAACAUACCGAAACCGCAGUCUGGGACCUCUGAAAGACGGACCAGCUUCUUUGGUCCGAGGACUAGUGGAGUCGGCAUGCCUCGCAACAGCACCAUGUCGGGGUUUGGAGGAACUGAGAAGAUAAAAGAUGCUCGACCUCUACACGAUAAGUCUUAUGUUCAGCAAUGCAUCAGGCAGCUGCACGAGUUCUUGACAGAGCAGGGUUACCCGGGCACUUUGUCAUCCAAGACUCUCCAGUCUCCAUCCACCAAGGAGUUUGUCAAGAUGUUUGAAUUCAUCUACUGCCAGCUAGACCCAACCUUUGAGAUGCCAAACUCAAAAGUUGAGGAGGAGGUUCCUGCUCUCUUUAAAACCUUGGGGUACCCAUUCGUUCUCUCCAAGUGUUCCAUGUAUUCUGUUGGAGCUCCCCAUACCUGGCCUCAGGCUCUGGGGGCUCUCAUGUGGCUUAUUGAUAAUGUCAAGAUCAACUGGAGUUUGAGGAAACCGAAGCUGCUGUUCAGUGACUUCUGUGAAGAUGGUGAAAAUAUUGAAGAAGGUGCUGAGUUCAACAAGCUCUUCCUGGACUACACAGCUGAGACAUAUUCCAAGUUCAUGCAAGGUGAUGACACAUUCGAGGAAGAAGAUGAAGCAUUCCUCGUUAAACUAAAGAAGCUUUACAACGUCGAUGAAGCCCUGCUGGCCACGAUGGAGGAGAAACACACAAUCCUUACUGAUGAGGUUAAAAAACUGGAGAAGGAGAGUCAGACUGACCGUCUGAUGACGAAGAGGAUGGAAAAGAUGAAGCUGCAGGCAGAUCUCAAGAAACUCCAGAGCUAUCGUGCCAGCUUGGACUCUUUUAAAGACAACCUGGAGAAAAAAGACUCAGAACUCAAUGCUGAGCUGGAGACUUCUGUCAGCCACCUGGAAACUCUGAAACAUGAGAGGAAUGAACUGCAGCACCUCCUACAAAAUCAGAAGUUUACUCCAGCUGAUGUCGAGAGGAUCAACAGAGAGAAGAGGGAACUUCUGCAGACCAUCUCCAGUCUCACCAAGUCUCUGGAGAACACUGAGCAGCAUAAGUGGAAUGAAGAGAUUGCACUGGCCAAAGUGAAAGAGAAGGCAGAGUUGAAGCUGACAGAAUACCACAAGCUGGCACGUAAACUGAAGCUGAUACCGAUAUCUGCAGAGAACGCCUGUGGUCACGAUUUCGAGAUCAGACCUUUUGAAUGCGGAGCCGGCAGCAUGGUUCAGUGUAAAACACAGAUACAGAUGCAACUAAGAAAGUUGGUCGGAGAUGUUGAGGAGGAGAACAGUCGAUUAACCAACAUGAAACUCAGUUUGGAGGAGUCUUGUGAACAGGUAAAUUCUAUCAUUACGGAUAAGACCAAUGAUCUGAAGCAGCUGAGGGAGCAGAUCCGCAAGCUAGAUGAACGAUGGGAGGGUGAACAGCAGGAGCUGGCCCGAGAGGAACAGGAGUGGGCGGCAGAGAUGGAGUCUGUGGAAAACCACCGUAAACUUCUUGAGAAGAAAGUGAAUUAUGGUUAUGACGAGGCUGUGCAGCAGCUGAAAGCAGCACAGCAACAGUACCACCUCGUGCUGCAGGAGACCAAUGAGGAGAGGCGAACAGUCGCUAACAACCUGGCGUCUGUUUUUACCACAGCUGCCAACCACUUGUCAAUUACAGAGAAAUGCCUGGAGGAUCUGCACAGCAGAGUGCAGCGGAUCUGCUCAAAGGCUGUUGAAGAAGACGAGGCUGCCAUUCAGAAGCUCCAGGAAACUCUAAAGGACUUCAUGUCCAAGGCAAAAAAUGUAUAAAGGUGGCAUGAGGAUGGCAAGCAGAGAUGAUUUCAGAUGACUAUAAGUGUUUGGAUUUCCUGUUAUUUGUAUUUUCAGAUUGUUCAGAUCUUCGGACAACAGAGAAAUUGAGUUAUUCAUUUGGACUUGACAAACUUUGAAAGAAUAUUAAAUGGGUUAACACAUUUUUAAAAGUGUGAAUGAUCAAAAAAAGAUUCCAAGUUGUUUUUUUUUCAGUAGUUGUCCAUGUUUGUGUAUUUCCAUAUGUUUGUGUGUUCUGUCUUUCUAUAUAAAUGUUAUGUACACAGUAAAGCUUAAUUGAAACCCCUAA